GGCUUGGGCGGUUGUCUUGGAGAAGCAAGAUGGCGGCGACGGCGGCCGCGGUGGUGGCGGAGGAGGACACGGAGCUGCGGGACCUGCUGGUGCAGACGCUGGAGAACACCGGGGUCCUGAGCCGCAUCAAGGCUGAACUCCGAGCAGCUGUGUUUUUAGCGCUAGAGGAGCAAGAAAAAGUAGAGAACAAAACUCCUUUAGUCAAUGAGAGCCUGAAAAAGUUUUUAAAUACGAAAGAUGGCCGGCUGGUGGCUAGUCUCGUUGCCGAAUUUCUUCAGUUUUUCAAUCUUGACUUUACCUUGGCUGUUUUUCAACCUGAAACUAGCACAUUUCAAGGUCUCGAAGGUCGAGAGAAUUUAGCCCGAGAUUUAGGAAUUAUUGAAGCAGAAGGUACGGUGGGUGGACCCUUAUUAUUAGAAGUGAUCAGACGCUGUCAACAGAAAGAAAAAGGGCCAACCAGUGGGGAAGGUGCACUAGAUCUGUCUGAUGUACGUCCUCCACCAAAGUCCCCAGAAGGAAAAACAAGUGCACACAGUCUCCCCAGUAAGAAGGCCAGCAAUGAUGCUAGUCAGAGUGAUACCAGUAUCUCAUCAUCAGAACCAAAGAGCAAAAGUAGUCUUCACUUGUUGGCCCAUGAAACAAAAAUUGGAUCCUUGUUAAGCAACAAAAGUCUAGAUGUCAAAGACAAAGCUGGUCCUUGUCCAGAUGAAGAUGAUAUGGAAGGAGAUUCUUUCUUUGAUGAUCCCAUUCCUAAACCAGAAAAAACCUAUGGUUGGAGAAGUGAACCUAGUAAGCAAGUAGGAAGCCUUGCAUCGCUCUCGGACGCCCCCCCCCCCUUAAAAAGUGGACUCAGCUCCCUUACUGGAGCUCCCUCAUUGAAAGACUCUGAAAGUAAAAGGGGAAACACAAUUUUGAAAGAUCUUAAAUUGGUCAAUGAUAAAAUUGGAUCACUUGGUUUGGGGACUGGAGAAGAUGACUAUGUUGAUGAUUUUAAUAGUACCAGCCAUCGCUCAGAAAAAAGUGAGCUAAGUAUUGGUGAAGAGAUCGAGGAAGACCUCUCUGUGGAAAUAGAUGACGUCAAUACCAGUGAUAAACUUGAUGACCUGACACAGGACCUCACUGUGUCCCAGCUCAGUGAUGUUGCGGAUUAUCUGGAAGAUGUUGCCUAGGCGAUGAAAGA